GCUGUGUUUCUCGGGGGAACACAUUCCGUGUGGGACCGGUUCUCAUGCUGCUGAGUUUAGUUGAUAUCAAUACACCAUGCCGACUGACACGAAACGUGUACGCGGGCCAGAAGUGUCUCAAAGUCCGUCUCUGCUUGUCGGCAAACCGGCUGCGGUUGUCCCCUCGCAGGGCCCCAGGGCAGACGGUCGGCAGCGGGACCAGGUCGACGUCCGGCCCGUUUUUGUCCGGUGCGGCCUGGUGAGCCAAGCUAAGGGGUCCGCGUACAUAGAGGCUGGAAACACCAAACUGAUGUGCUGCGUUUAUGGACCCAGAGAAACAGAGCGGAAAGAUGAAACCGAUAUGAAAUGUGGAAGGUUGACCACUGACAUGCGUUUUGCUCCAUUCUCCUGCCCGGAGAGGGGCUCUUGGAUCCAGGGGAGCCAGGACAAAGACUUCUCCUUGAUGCUACACGAGAGCCUGAAGCCAGCCGUGUUCCUGCACAAGUACCCGCGCUCUCAGAUCGAGGUCAACGUGAUGGUUCUGGAGAACAGCGGCUCAGUUCUGGCACAUGCCGUCACAUGCGCCUCUCUUGCACUUGCGGAUGCAGGGAUUGAAAUGUACGACCUGGUGCUCGGCUGCUCCAUCCGCCAGGACGGCGCCUCCUAUGUGGUCGACCCUUCUUACGCAGAGGAAAACAACUGCAGCUCAGACAGCGGCAAGAACCAGGGCGGACUGACCGUUGCAUUCCUCCCUAGCCUGAACCAGAUUUCUGGGCUGCAGUCGGAUGGAGAAAUGACUGAAGAGGCUCUGACAGCCGGGGUUCGGACCUGCAUUGAGGGAUGCUAUAAACUGUACCCAGUCAUCCAACAAGCCCUGACCAAAUCUGUGCGCAAGUCUGCUCCCCCACCAUCAGAGAGCUGAAAGACUCAUCAACUUCUUUUUUAAAAAUUUUAUUAAUUACAGUCCUGACUUUGGAGACAUGAACUAUUUUUCUAUGUUUGUUAUAAUCCCAAAAUUAAAAUAGUUGAUUUUGUGAUUCCAGACCGAGUUGUAUUUUCUCAUUAAAUAUUUUUUCUCUGCA